CAGAAUUCGAAGAAUGUUUAGGCAGGCUCGUGUUGAUGAGUCCUUCCUGUUCCUCUAAUCUGUUGUUCUGUUUCUCUUUUGGAUGCCCAGUUCGUUAUGAGCACGUCAUUGAAGAACAGCAUCAGCGAAACUUCGCCUUUACUGCAGAAUGCCGGGCCUGAAAGUUAUAAUGGAGAGCAGAACGAUGUCGAGAGGCAGAGAAGACAAAGCGAUGCUUCCAAACAUCAGGGGAUGCCAGACAUUAAGAGGCGGAUGAAGUACAUUUUUCCUGCUUUAGCUAUCGGUGUAUUCCUCGCAGCCGCAGACCAAACUCUCGUAGUCUCGACGUACGGAACAAUUGGGACUGAUCUCCACGCUCUCAAUAGCACGUCCUGGAUAGCCACCGCGUAUUUCCUCACCCUCGCCGCGUUCCAACCUGUCUACGGGAAGCUCUCCGAUAUCUUUGGUCGUAAGGAAUGUCUCCUAUUCGCAUACGUUAUAUUCGGCGUUGGUUCCUUCUGCUGUGGACUGGCUCGGAAUAUGAGCGAGUUAAUAGCGGCAAGGGCGUUUGCUGGCAUUGGUGGUGGUGGCAUGACAACCGUUGUCAGCAUUCUGCUAAGCGAUGUUGUAUCUUUGAGAGAACGAGGCACAUGGCAAGGCUACAUCAACCUCGUAUAUGCCGGUGGAGCGGCGGCGGGUGCACCACUUGGAGGCCUGCUGGCCGACAGCGUGGGAUGGCGUUGGUCCUUCAUUGCUCAGGGGCCCCUAUGCGCUGUUGCUUUCGUAGCAGUGUCAGCUGUGCUCCAUCUCCCCAAACAAAACCACUCGCACUGGGUUGAGAAAGUCAUGAAAAUCGACUUUAUCGGCGCAUUGACCCUUGUCACGGCGGUAUCCGGACUCCUCAUCGGGUUGGAUCGAGGAUCCAAUGUCUCAUGGAGCGACGGCAUCACCAUUGCUGCCCUAGGUACAACGCCUCUCUUCGUCGUCUUCGUUCUUGUCGAGAAAUACAUUGCCAGUCACCCUUUUGCUCCAUUUCGAAUCAUCCUCAAUCGGUCACUUUUCGCCUGUUACCUCUGCAAUUUCUUCAGUUUUGGAGGCUGGUUAGCGUCACUGUUUUUCAUUCCGCUCUACUGGCAAGUUCGAUGGGAUCUCAGCGCUUCUCAAGCCGGACUACACCUCGUGCCCGCCAUCUUGUCCGGAGUGUCGGGUUCCCUGCUCGGCGGAAUCUACAUGCAGCGCACAGGGCGCUACUACUGGAUUACCGUCAUCGCCUACACGAACCUCGUGAUCGGCCUAGUCGUUAUCCUCCUCUUCUCCGGCGCGCUCAUGGAGAGCAAGCUCUUCAUGAUCCUAGGAACCUGCCUCUGCGCCUUCUCCAACGGCAUCGGCGUCACCACCACGCUAAUCGGCCUCAUAGCCAACGCCUCGCACUCCGACCAAGCCGUCGCAACCGCGUGCUCGUACCUCUUCCGCUCGCUGGGAUCUGUGUUUGGGAUUUCCAUGUGCGCCACGGCGUUUAAUCAGAUGCUGAGGAAGUCGUUGCAGGCUGCGCUGGGGGGUGGUGAGGAUGCGGAGGAGAUUGCGGACAGGGUGAGGGAGUCGUUGGAGUAUUUCAGGGGGUUGGAACCGGAGGUGAGGGAGGUGGUUAUGGAGUGUUAUGGGAGGAGUACGAGGGCGGCUUUGGGGGUGGGGGUUGUGUUGGUUGCGGGGAGUGCGGUCUUUGCGUGGUUUAUUCGGGAGAAGAGGUUGAUCAGGUGAUAACUGGGUAUGAAGAUGCAGCACCAUGACCAAUAAGUCGCCAGGAGGCGACGCUACUGCCUACUGUUGAGAUCAAGAGUAUGUGACUUGUGAGCCGUCGGCGGCCCCAACCCGCCUCCUGCCCGGCAGACACCUAGUAAGUAGGAGUUUUAAGCUGGGCCAUUACUAGUAACUGUUGUUAGGCCGAGUCAAGAAAGCAGCAACGAGCUGGAGCAGCUGAGGCUUAAUGCGGAGCUGUUCAUCUAACACAUAAUACUAUGCAUGAACACGGCGAGGCGACACCCGC